UCCGGAUAUAACUUUAAUAGAUAUCCAUCUCCGACAACCGACGACCAUCUCCCCCGACGAAAUCAUCCGCAGGCUACUUCCACCCUACCGAUUUGGCAGUGACAUUUAUCAAAAAAAGAUAUUUUUAAAGAUUAUCUUGAAUCGGAAUUAUUCUUAAUUUCUUAUUAUAUAUUACAAUUGUCCAAUAAUGUUGUUGUGGGGGAAGGAGGAGAGGUUGAGGUCAGACCUAGAGAAGACAGAGAAGAUGCUUGAAGAGAGAGGGUUAAUGUUGGAGAAGAUGACGAAGGAGAUUGAUAAGAAAGUCGAGACUCAGAAGGCACUCCAAACGGAAGCCGACAUGCUGUUUCGAUUCAGAUUAUUAUGCAAGAGAAUCCGGCCAUUGAGAGAGACGGAACAACAAAAUAUGAAGAAAGAGGAAAGUGGGGAUGAAAUGGAAGAAAAAUUCUCCGGGCUAAAGACCACUUAUUUGCAAAUGAGAAAAUCGAUGGGAUGAAAUGGAAUGCAAAUUAAAUCUCUCAAAUGUAAACGAUUUCCCUUCAUUGUUUCUUUUCUAUAUAUUGCGGUGC